GGCGGGGCGGGCGCGCGCGCGGCCGGCGGAGGGGGCGCGCGCUUCCCGGAACAGCCCGCGCGGAGGGAAGAGAGGAGAAAAAAAAAUUAAUAAUAAGAACCCCCGCGGCCGCAGCCGAAGCUGGCGCCGCCGUGCGGAGCUCCCCCGCGCGGACGCCGCCCGCGGUGCCCACCCGGGGCGCGGGGCGGUGAGGCCCGGGGCGCGGGGUAGCUAUGGCGACGGCGAGCGCGGCCCGCGGCGCCGCCUGACAGGUGCGGGCCCGGGCGGCGGCGGCGGCGGCGGCGGCGCGGGGCAGCAUGUACGCCAAGGCGGGCAAAGGCUCGGCCGUGCCCUCCGACAGCCAGGCCCGCGAGAAGCUGGCCUUGUACGUGUACGAAUACCUGCUGCACAUCGGCGCCCAGAAGUCGGCGCAGACCUUCCUCUCCGAGAUCCGAUGGGAGAAGAACAUCACGCUGGGGGAGCCCCCGGGGUUCCUGUACUCCUGGUGGUGCGUCUUCUGGGACCUGUACUGUGCGGCGCCGGACCGCAGAGAGGCGUGCGAGCAUGGCGGCGACACCAAGGCCUUCCAGGACUAC